UCCCUCCCCUUUAAUCUUGGUUUAUUGUUAGCAUUAAUCCCUCUAGACCUGUAGGAGCUGAACAGGCAAGUCAGAGAAGAGAAGUUCCUUCGUUUUGGUCUGGGGAAAUUUCAGCUUUAACUCUGGAGAAGAUGGGUUGCAAACAAGAGGAUGAUGGCACUUCCUGGAAGAAACCGACUGCCAACAUCAGAAAAACAUUUGUUUUCAUGGAAAUACUUGGAUCAGGAGCCUUUUCAGAAGUUUUCCUGGUGAAGCAUAGAAUCACUGGCAAGCUUUUUGCUUUGAAGUGCAUUAAAAAGUCACCAGUCACCCAGGAGAGCAACCUGGAGAAUGAAAUAGCUGUUCUGAAGAAAAUAAAGCAUGACAACAUAGUAACACUUGAAGACAUUUAUGAAAGCACAACUCACUAUUAUCUGGUAAUGCAACUAGUGUCUGGAGGAGAAUUAUUUGACCGUAUUUUAGAACGAGGUGUUUACACUGAAAAGGAUGCUAGUAUUGUAAUUCAGCAAGUCCUGGAAGCAGUACAUUAUCUUCAUGAAAAUGGGAUAGUACAUCGAGAUCUAAAGCCUGAAAAUUUACUCUACUUAACUCCAGAAGAGGACUCCAAAAUUAUGAUAACAGAUUUUGGUUUGUCUAAAAUGGAACAGAAUGGCAUCAUGUCUACAGCAUGUGGAACUCCAGGAUAUGUUGCUCCAGAAGUGUUAGAACAAAAGCCAUACAGUAAAGCUGUGGAUUGCUGGUCAAUUGGAGUUAUUACCUACAUUCUCCUGUGUGGAUACCCUCCUUUCUAUGAAGAAACUGAGUCAAAAUUGUUUGAGAAGAUCAGAGAAGGAUACUACGAAUUUGACUCUCCAUUUUGGGAUGAUAUCUCUGAAUCAGCCAAAGAUUUCAUUUCUCAUUUACUCGAGAAGGAUCCAAAUAAGAGAUUUACCUGUGAGAAAGCCCUCAGGCAUCCCUGGAUUGAUGGAAACACAGCUCUCUACUGUGACAUCUAUCCAUCUGUCAGUGUACAGAUCCAAAAAAACUUUGCAAAAAGCAGGUGGAAGCAAGCCUUCAAUGCUGCAGCUGUGGUCCAUCAUAUGAAGAAACUGCACAUGAAUGGUCAUCAUGCAGAGGACAAUGUCAAAAGCCAAGUGCAAGUACAAAUUACAUCAACGCCUAAUACAUCAUCCAUUACUUAUAAGGAACAAUUAAGUCAAGAAACCAAAAAUUUGAUCCCUGUAAUAUCCUAUCAGAAUACUUCAGAUCUUCAUGGCCUACAUGCCAAGAAGACAGAAAGCAAAUAUUUAGAUAACCCGGAGAGCACAUCAGUCCAUAUGACUUCUGUAACUACAACAGACAGCCAGAGCCAUCAAAGCAGACCUUCAGUUAGCUGUACUCCAGAAGGUGGGAGGCGAGACAAAGUGAAGGCGACUUUUUGCUCAGAAGCAGUACUCAUAAAAAGAGAUGCCAAGACACAUCACUUCAACUCAGAAGUCCUUGUUCCAGUAAAAGCCACUAAUCACACCUAUUUUGGCAGUGGUCAAACUGGUGUUUGCUUGGUAAUGUGAUUGGAAAAAAACCUACCAUAUGUACAAAACAUAUACCUUUACAGAAGGGCUGCUUGAUAUUCCUAUUGAAAACUGACCAUCAAAUGUCAACCAAGCAGAAAGGGAAGGCCUGUCUUCAACAAUGCCAUGGAGGACUGUGUUCCUAGAUGCCCACAGCAGAUACUUUCUAUAAAGCACAUCCAUAGAACUGAAGAGUUCAUAUGGUUCAACUAUCUUGAAAUAUUAGAGGGUUGUUUCAUAUAAA